UGUCAUUAUCACUUACAUUUUUCCUUUUUCUUUUUUUGAGACACCAAAUGCCGCAUGAUAGGACCUAUGAUCCCUACACGAAUCGCAAUGUGGCAAAACCAAUUUCAGAAAUUGGAGCGUUUAUUUUGCUAGUAAAAUGUAUAAUAGGGACUGGUGUUCUGGCAAUGCCGUUGGCAUUUAGUUAUUCCGGCACAGUUCUAGGAAUUGUUCUCCUUACCUUAACUUCAAUUGUGUUUAUCCAUGGAAUACACAUGCUGAUCUAUUCAAUGGUGGAGUGUUCGCGCCGAGCUAAAGUUGGCUACACCAGCUUACCAGAGGCAAUGGUCUACUCCUUUUCCCAGGGUCCCAAGUUUUUUAAAUAUAUUUCCAAGGGAGCAGGCCUUGUGGGGAAUGUGGUUUUGUGUCUUUCCGCCUAUUUAGUCUGCGUGGUAUACUUGGUAUUUGUGGCCGUCAACACAAAAAUGCUGGUAGAACGUUAUUUUCCAGCAAUAGAUAGACGGCUCUAUAUUCUUAUAAUCGGACUAGUAUCCAUUCCACCAUUCUGCAUUAUGCACCUCAAAUACCUGAUACCGUUCAACUUUGUGGCCAAUAUACUGAUCUACAGUGCCUUCGCCAUGAUGUCCGUCUACAUCGCUCAGGAUCUGCCGCCGUUAUCGGAUCGUAAUACUUUCGGCGACAUCGCGGAGCUUCCGUUUUUUUUCAUAAGGGUUUUCUUUUCCGUUACCUCGGUGGGCGUGUUGCUGGCAAUCGAGAAGAAGAUGUCCAAGCCUAAAAACUUCCUUGUUUGGUACGGCGUAGUCAAUUCGGCCUUCCUAUUAGUGAUCAUCUCUUAUGUCCUUUUUGGAUUUUUUGGCUACUGGCGCUACGGAGAAUUCGUGGAAGCCCCCAUAACACUUAACCUGCCCCACGAACCACUGGCUAUGGCCAUUCUAAUAGCCUUCACCGUCGACGUCUUCCUGUCGAUACCCCUCUGCGGAUUCGUGGUGAUCGAUAUCAUAAUGACGCACUUCUGGAACAAAAAUGGCAACCUGAAGCAUCCCCUGCUAAAGGAGCUCGUAUUGCGAAUUUGCUUUAUGAUGCUCGCAACCCUGAACGCAGUUGUCCUUCCUGAUUUGAAACCCUUCGUUGGCGCCUUCACCAUUUCGCUGCUGAACCUCAUAUUCCCGGCUUUCCUCGAGAUCUGUUUGUAUUAUCCGCGGGAGUACACCUAUGGUAAACUGAAAUGGAAACUGGUCAAGAACAUUCUCAUGAUUAUUUUCGGGCUUUACGUUUUAAUACAAGGCAUAACAAUCGCCAGCUCCAACAUCGUCAGGUUUUAUGGUGGCAAACCUCAGACCACUACAGAAAGUUCAAAACCAGCCCCUGAAAUGGAGUCCACUGCCGCUAAUGAAAGCGCCCUAAUAACAAUCCCCGGCUUCUACUUAAUCAAGAUUUUGGGUACCAUGCCUCAGAUCACUACAGAAAGUUUAAAACCAGCCCCUGAAAUGGAGUCCACUGCCGCUAAUGAAAGCGCCUUAAUAACCUUCAAAACCACUGAACCAUCCGAAGAUUAUGCUAUUGAGUUUCUAUAAGUGAGCCCGUUUUUACGAAAGAUCUGGAACAUCUAGAAGAUCGUCAUAAGAUUAUUUCAAAGCUACUAUUCCGAUGAAAUAGAAAAUAGAUCAGCAAUUUAACAAUCAUGAUGACCACAGUGAAAGCAUAACAAAAUAAUGUUUAGGGUCCAAGGAGUAUGUUUUUGAAUCAAGAUCAAAUCCCUAGUAUUUGUCUUUAGUGGAACCUCCUGGAAAUUGGUUUACCUUCGGAGGAAAUGCACAAUCGCUUAGCAGUUUUGUGGCGGCAGUUCUUAUGAUUUGUUCGUCAGGUGGUUUCCCCACUUUGCCACAUUAUUGCCAAUGUGGCAAAGUGGGGAAAUGACAAUGACAAUGAAAAUGACAUUCGGAGAGCUAUGAUAUGAUCAGUAUGUGUUGAUUGCUGCCUAACAUAUAGUGAGAAAAAUGUUCAAGCAAAUAGUGAAGGCUAGAUUUACUUCUAGAAAGUGGAUUUGUUAAAAACAUCAAUUACAAUUAAUAAAAGCUGCAAAUUGGAAAUCAAA